UUCGUGUUUAAUUGUGCAUGUAGAAUGUCGAAGUUUUUAUCAUAUUACAAUUUGUUUCCUAUUCCGGACCCAAAGGAAUUUCUUGGCCUUGAUGCUGACCGUGAAGAGGGCAAUGUCAUCACCACUCUUGCACGAAAUGUAGUAGUCAUUUUGAACAUAAGCACACAGAAGCAGCUAUGCAGUUGGUCUAUGCCGGAAAAGCUUUCGGCUAAGGUUAUUUAUGAUCCCAAGAGUCAGAAAUACGUAGGUGUCUUUGGAAACCAUGCACUUCGUCUAUGGGACGUCGACACUCCAGAUGUAGGCAAAUGCAAAAAAUUGAAGUUUCAAAAGAGCAUUGCCCAACUAGUCGCGACAGACGCCGAGGCGCUUGUGUUAUAUAGCGAUGACACUUUUGAGUUUUUGUCUGAUGCUCUUAAUUCGCGAAAAGAUCAGCAAGAGGACACCUCGGAGCAAUUACAAAUUGCUGCGUCCAAAACAAUAAGCAAAGCAUUGGUGCACACGUUUGACGACGGUACUCAGAUGCUAACAUACUUUGAGGAAAAGCACGCAAACAGCGAAUUAAGGCUCAUAGCCCGUUAUCUAACGACUGAGAGUAGGAAAAAAAAUAUUAGAAUCAAACGAGAGAUGGUGCGCGUCACUGGAUAUGCGGUCAUUGAUGGUGAGGGUCAACCGCAGCUACUGACUAUAUGGUCGGAUAAACGUAUAUUUUUACUUAACUUGGGAAAUCGCAACUAUGAUCCACCUGGCCAAUUUGUUUCUAUGUUGGCUGAGCUGAACGUAGAAAGCAAAUUAUCUGUGCAGGGCAUUUCGCGUAAUUUUGUGGCUAUAUAUGGCGCCAAUUAUGGAAAAGAGGGCGCUUCUCUACUAGUCUACAACACGCAAUUUAAGGUAGUAAAUGCCAAACAAUACUUUAAGGUGUAUUUGGACUUCUCUCGCCUAUGGGCACGUGGUGAACACAUUUUGCUAGCCAUGGGCAACAACAUAGCUGCCGUGCGCUAUCGUAUGAACCAAGACAUGCUAGUCGAUAUGCUCGGCUCUCAAUUCAGCGACACACAUAUUUCACCCAUCGAGUUGGACCACAUCAACGAGGAGGAAGCCUUGGAAGCUGGAAUCAAGUUUCUUGGCAACUAUCAACCCGCUGAUAUAGUCGAACAGACUAACACAGACAAUGAGACUUUGGCAUUUUUUCCUCCUGCAGAUGGCAAACAAAUUGCCUAUGAAUCACCGGAGAUAUUUAACAAGGAGUUAAGUGAACUGCUCAAGCAGCAUGUUUACGGCGAAGUGGCCAACAUUGAAAACGGCUAUGAAGAUGUAAAUGUAACCCUCAUGUCAAACUUCUUUGAUUUAGGACCACAGAACACUGCCGUUCAAGCAAUUGUACGCCAACUAGAACGCAGCGGCGCAGGCGAGCAAGAGAUUUCUGAAAAAUUGCUCACACUGUUUAUAAAGACGCAGAACACGGAUCACGUUCUUAUGUGCCUACGGCGUUACUCAAACAUAUCUGAACGUAUGCUUGCUUGGGCAUUGCGCUAUGCGCUGGAUAACAAUUCGGCAGAUAUCGAAGCUACAAAUGGCGAUCCAGAAGCCAUUUAUACAGAUCCUGCACUGAAGUCCAACAAAGAGCUGUUGAACGCAGUGCUGGCCUGUAGUUUUGAAUCCAGCGCCAUUGAAGAGCACUUACGGCAACGAUUAGAAUUAUCGCACGUGCUGCGCAUUCUAAAACACUUACAUGUUUUAAUGACCUCGCCCGAUUUUCGAUUGGAAGAACGACCUGGCUAUGAUAGUUCACUGAAGCAUACUGAGCUGCAAACCCUCAAAUGGCUCGGGGCACUCAUGACGUCACACUUUACGUUGUUGUCCAUCUCAAAAGAUGUGGAAAUUCUGACUGUGCUUAAAAGUUGGUCGGUACUAUUAGAGGGGUAUGUGAGGAGUUUAGAUGAUCUUCAAGCCGUUUUACCACUCCUGAUGAACAUUGUGGAGGGGCGAAUGCCGAAACCAAAAUAUGAUAACAGAUGGUAUAGCAUAGAAAAAGUUGUUUUGUACUAGUUUUUAUUUUACUAAGAACACAAAUAAAUAUGUAGUUUUUUGAAUCAA